CGGCAAGCUGCUAAAGCUGCAGCUGCUAUCUCAGUAGUAAAGCAGAGAGCGACCACGUUCCGGGAGACCCAUCGCUCGCGCCCGUUCGCGCGAGGUCUUCCUAUCCUUUGAGAGAACUGAUCCUUUUUUCCUCUCGAAACUCAUUCUUUUUCUAUCGCUUUUUAUUUCUCUCUCUCUCUUUCUCUCUCUCUCUCUCUCUCUCUCUCUCUCUCUCUCUCUCUCUCUUCCGUCGUUUUGCCCACAUAGUGCGCAAAAAAUUUCGCGAUUGACUUAGGUGCUUGUGUCGUCGGUUCGUUGUUGUAUUGUUAUUGGUGGUGGUGGCGGUGGUGAUUUUUUUUGAACCGAGUCUAGAGUAUGACGAGGAGGCAUACGUUGAUCGUGAAACUCAAGAGGUCCGGCACCGAUAAACCAUGGGGCAUAAGGAUCGCUGGAGGCGCUGAUUUGAGCAUGCCGAUCGUCGUCACCCGCUCGGAGAACGAGGCGCUCCAGAGGGGUGACAUGAUCAAGAAGAUAGACGAUUACGACGCACGCGAUUUGAGGCAUGUAGACGCACAGAAUCUCCUCCAAAACUCCGAAACCAUAAAGCUAGUCGUCGAAAGGUCUGCGCCGUCGAGAGCAUCAUCACGUACAAGUAUCGACACUACCAUCACCGCGUCACCAUCACCACCUAUGAUUUUCAGGCCGAUCGUCGGCAACGGGGCUGCGGCCACUAGUCUGUACAAACAGCCGAAGGAGCGAAUUCCGCAAGAAUUACCGAAGAGUCCAGUGCCGCCGCCUUCAGUCGAGGAAUACAGGUCGACGCCAACACCGGAAUCGUUCAUCCUUCGUAGCGCGAUCACUUUGCCGCACGAACAUCUCGACGAAAUCCGCGAGGAAAGGGUUCAUUUGUCGCAGCCCUACCGUACGACUCCUUUGGUCUUGCCAGGUGCCAAGGUCAAGAAGGAUGCCCCACUCGGUGAAUGCUACCUGCGACAUCAUCCGAAUCCGAUGAUCAGGGCGGCACCCCAUCAUUACGAGCCGGCUCACCCUGAAGUCGCGAUGAAACAAAAGGUGGCGGAAACGGUACUUCAGCGUGUCGUGGGACCGAAUGAAGUUCCAAAGAUUGUCCACAAGCAAUUUAACUCGCCGAUCGGACUUUACUCGGAUCAGAACAUCGCAGACACUAUCAAGUGCCAGGCGUCCGCCGUACCCAUUUUCAUAGACUUUUCCUUCCUGAAACAGAAACAGGAAAUACAGGAGCAAGCGAGAAUCUUGAAAGAGCAGGCGAAGGCCGCCUCCUCGAAGAACGUGUGGCCGCAAUUCAAUAGACCAAAUUAAAAAUUGUCGAGAGACGUUCGAGACGUUUUCCGAUGCUUCUCGUACAUCGGAUCUAUGACGGCAGAGUUUCCCAUUUUUCACGUUAGGCACGUUCUCUGUUAAAUAACAAAUUAUAUUUGUCUAUCGGGAUCUAAUAGAUAACUUGUUAAUUAUAUUAUUAUACAGAUUAAUAAGAAGAGUUUUUAAAUAAUGAAUUUAAAAAUUGAGAUUAACGAAAUUACCGAGAAAUAAUUAUCACAAGCCAACAGAAAUAUUGUUUGGGUAUUCAUUUAAUUUACAAUUUGAUAAUUUGCCACAUACCAUUAAAUUAUUAAUAUUAAAAUCUCGCAAUUAAAUUAUUUGUUUUAAAUGUCAAAAAUGUUUCUAAUUGCUAUCAAUAUUUUAAUUAAACAUGGAUAAUUUAAGUGACCAGUUUAAUUGGUGAGCUUGACACAGCGAACGUGACCACUGUAUACGAGAAUCCUUCGAAAUGAUUGUGCUAUUAUUAUUUCGGGUUAGUUUGCCGUUCAAUUAUUACAUAGUAGAGAUUGUAGACACAAAUUGUUUGACGAAAUUCAUAAAUUUCGUAGUGCUUCCGCGAGUCCGUGCAAAAGAGCUUUUCCUUUAGCAGUAAAUUCUUGCAUGUAACAAAGUAGUGAAUUAAUAAUGAAUACAGUAGUUGGGAAUAUGUGAGAAUAUCUACUAACUUCGUCGUUUCUUUAACGAGUGUUCGUAUGCUUGUAUCAUAGAUACCGUGCACGAAUAAUUCGAGACAACUUUCGAAAAUUGCGCUGUGAGAAGUCUAUUUUUUGCCACAUGUUUUUGAACGCCGAGUGCUGCAAAGGACUCGAUGAUAAAAAUAAAAAUAAUCUAAAACUUACAUUUAUUUUUUUAAAGAAUAUUAAUGAUAAAUUUAUAAGAAAUAUUGUAUAUUUUCUAAAUUUGUAUAUUUUAUUUUUUCUGCUCUUUUUCUUUUUUAUCUCGAUUAAUAUGUAAUCUAAUUUAUUCAUCCUCUUUCUUUAUAAUAAACAUUGUUGUUAUAGAUCUAAAAUUUUGACGGUGAGAAAAAAAAUGAUAACAGAGAGAUCGUUUUUAAAUCUAUUCUUUUUCGAAUAUUUUUUCUCCCUAAAGAUGAAAGUUUUUCGCAAUUUUCGAAGUGUCGGCGUUCUUCUUGAUCGGGCAUGCACGCAAGAUUUGCACGAUGAGGAAUGAUCGCUCUUUCUCGAUCGAACUCGGCUGGAGGAUGCGUCUGAAAGUCGCUCUCGAACAGAUUAAAGUAAACAUAAGUAAAUGUGCAAGUGCAAUUGGCAAAUUGUAACCCCGGCCGCUGCUAACCGAUCCGUUAAAAAACA